AUGAGUGCGGAGGUUCCCAAAUACACUGUUGAUGAUUCUGGAGACUCAGACGACUCCGUUAGUCCAAUUACCUCGGUAAUCUCAUCAAAAGAAGUGACCGUAAGUGUCAAUGUUGCAGAAUAUGAUGACGAUGAGGUGCCGUACAAAGACCUGCGACAAGCCUUCAAACCCAUUGAAAAUGAUAAUGUCCUCCUAAUUGAAUUCAGCCGUGAUACUGUUUUAGUUGGAUUGAAAGAGAAACAGCGAAUUUUCAUUUCUGGGGUCUUCAAGUUACAAGUUGUCAAAGGCGGUAUCAUAUACAAUAACAUACACUACAAUGCAUCCAGUGAACAUUUUAAUGUUUGGCACCCUCUUUGCAACUCAAUACCAGGGAUUCAAAGCUCCUACUUUGCUGGCUGGGAAGAAGCUUGCCACAUUGGGGGAAACAAUAAGACACUAGUGAUGGAAGAUUUGAAGGACUAUUGCUGUGUCAUAAGAGUUCAAAAUGCCAACGUUAAUGGCUUGAAUAAAGCAGGCGCUUUAUUUCCUGAUGUAAAAUACUUGUGGAGUCCUCGAGAUGGGGCCAGAUUAAGCUUCACAUCUGAUUCCUGCACUUACUUCUUUUUGCAAGAGGGUGUAGAUCCAUUUACACCAUUACUAAUCUCCAAUGAAUGGUCGAAUAACCUUGAAAGUCUUACUGUGGCUCAUAAGAGCUCUCUAUAUGAUACAAGGAUGAUGGUGAUAGGCGGUAAAAACUCGGGCAAGUCUACCUUUCUGCGAUUACUUUUGGAAAACUUCCUUUACAAUGGAGAGAGGCAAACUGUUGAUGAUGAAAUACUGUACCUCGAUCUCGAUCCCGGCCAACCCGAGUACUCUCAUCCGGAUUGCAUAUCGUUGAGUCGAAUAACCCGAACCAGCAAUAUUUUAGGAGGACACUUAGGGCAACCAUACUUCAAAAUUUUGAGGCAAUGUUAUGUGGGAUCUAGCUCACCCCAGGAGGUACCAAAUCUCUACUUGACGUAUGUUGAUGAGUUGAUCCACAAACUGGAAGGACUUGAUCACAUGGGUACGUCAUUAGUUAACUUGCCUGGUUGGAUCAAGGGAUUCGGCUUGAAUAUCAUGAAUCACAUCAUAUCAAGAUACAAGCCAACACAUAUUAUCCUAUUGGAAUCCAAAGGUACAAGAAGGCAUUUGAACGAGUUGAACCUGGAUCUGACCUUCGAAUCCCAGGCACGCUCCGAAUAUAGCCCCAUUGUAUCGAAUAUUGCAGGAGUAUCAAGUAACCCCGAUGAGCUAAGAUUUCAAGCACACCAAAUAAGGACAUUCAAAACCCUUUCCUACUUUCAUGCCACGGAAAAAACUGAAUAUGGUUUAGAAUAUGAAUUCUCACCCCUCUUGAACAAACCUCCAUUUCAAAUCAGCUAUGGAUCUUCCGGCUUACAAGGUAUACAAUUCCCAGAGGAGUUCGCCGGUUUGCAUGAGGAUGAUAUCAAGACAGCUCUGGAGGGUACUAUUGUCGGCCUAUUUUGUUGCAAGCAAAAAUUAGAAGGCCCUAUAAUCGACAAAAACUCGUUCCCAAUAAUUCAACAGCAACAGCAACAAGAGACCCUGUAUUUCACUUCUUUGGUACUCAUACAUUCUAUUGACGUUAAAAACAAAUACAUGAAUGUGUUCAUCCCCCUCUUUAACUUUGAAAAGAUCAAAAACAACCCUCAUCAAAAAUGGGUCAUAGUGCGAGGCAGAAGCGAGGCACCACUAUCUGAGCUGUAUCCUAUAGGGAACCCGUUCAAUGGGGAACGCAUCCCCUACAUAUCCGUUGAACAGAGGAAGAAGCAUGAGCAUGUCUGGAAAGUGAGGAAAAACGUCAUGAGAAGAGGCCAUCAUCUGAAGUAA